CGAAGCGCGGACGAAGCCUUUCCGUCGGUCAGACUUAAAGCCACCAGUUGGAGGCGAUGGCCCAGGACAAGGCCAGGGAUGAAGACGAGGAGACGAAGGUUGUGGUAAAGUACGUGAGCUUCGUGGGUGCCGCUCUGGCCUUCGGCGCGGCGAUCCUGGCGAUCUUCGCGGUGUCCAUGCCCUGGUGGACAGGAACGCAGUCCAGCAGCCUCUUGAAUGUGGGCCUCGAUGGCACGGAGACGACCUUGGGGGCAACCAUCACCUUGUGGGACUUCGAUCUCGAGCUGCAGCUGGCGCCCAAGGAAGGUCAACUCGACGGCGAGAUCUACAACUUGCGGACCACCUGGGACGACACCUGCGCGCAAGCGGAGCGUACCCUGCCCAAUGUGCCUUACUGCGCGGAGGUGUCCUUGGCCCGGGUCUGCGUGAUCCUGGAGGCCAUCUUCGACAGCUUCUUCGCGGCCUUCGUGAUCCUCGCGAGCCGCUUCACUCCGCUGCUGCUGCUGCUGGCCGUGGGCUGCGGAGUCAUCGCCGUGCUCUUCGCCUUUGGCGCCGCGGGGCUAGGCGUCAUGACCAGCACCACGGGCCUGGGCGGCGUGGGCUUCAUGCUCCUGGGCGCUUCCCUCGUGUGCUCCGGCCUCGGGGUCGCGGCAGUCUUCUACGCCGCGGCCAAGGCCAUGCCUCCUCCACCGGAUGCCAUAGAAGAAGUGCGGAGGACGAGAAUGAAGAAUUUGCAGGAGUCAACACAGAGGGAGAAGGAGAUGGCGGCGAUACUGGAAGAGAAUGUCCAGAGGCGAAGAAGAGAGUCCGAGUCUGGCGAGCCGGGAGGUGCACCUGGCACAGGGCCGAAGAGAGUCCCAGUCAUGCUUCAGAAGCUGAUCUUCUACACACAGGAGAACGAGGGCAACGAGGAGGCGGAGCUGCCCAUGGAGUUGCUGCAGGCGGCCUAUCAGGAGAUCGACGACGACGGCAGCGGCUCCGUCACGCUAGUGGAGCUCUGCGAAGCGCUGAAGCUGUGCGGACUCAACGCCUCGGAGGCGGCAGCCACCACGGUGAUGAAUGAGAUCGACAAGAACAUGAACGGGACCAUCGACAUCCACGAGUUCGUGAUGUUUUUCAGGACACUUGAGGAGAUGACGCGGUUCCAACGCAAGACGCAGCAGCGGGCGCAGUUCUUGUCCUACGUGCUGAACUUCUGCUUCUUGCUCCACAUCAUCCUGGUGGGUGUGCUGCUGAUGAUCUUCAUCAGAAUGGAUGAGGCGACGGGUGGCGACACCUAUCCCAUCCUCAGGAAUGUCCUCAUGGCGUUCUCCAUAGUCCUGGUGGUGCUCUUCUUGCUGGUGAUCGGCAUCCCCGCCGCGCGCAUGACCCUAGGUGUGCAAGUUGCGGCCUGGCAGCACCACUAUAACACGGCCAUAAGGCCCGAGGCGAAGUUCCGGAGGCGGCAGCAAGAGGCUCCAGCCGCUGCGGCGGGCGGAGGCGUACGCAGCGCCGCCUGGGCGGAGGGGGCCGGCCCAGCGCCGCCCGUGAACGCCGCCAAGUAUGGGGCGAGCUACCGGGUGUCGCGGAUGACGUACGACAAUUCCGGGGAGCAGGCUGCGCAGGCUUCGCAUUCGAUGACCCCGGGGCACAUGAGCGAGCGCGGGGAGUUGACGCCGGGGAGGAGCAGCGUCGCGCCGACAACCCAGCGCUCUGUGCAGGGGGUUGCCAGCGGCCGCUCCCAAGGUGCGAUCCUCAGCAAAACCGGGGAGUUUGUUCGCUACGACCCGGCCUCCUACAGGAACGCGGCUAUGAACUCCAUGGCGAGGAUGCCAAUGAGUUUUACACCCAUGCAGGUGCAGAACAUGGGGACCUCUGCCGACCAGCCGGGCGUUAUGGCCCUUACAGAUGAUGCUGGGCUCAGAUAGUGGAUCCGAGCGCAUAACAGUUGGAAGGCACAAGGACCUUCGCCGUUUCCCCGUCUGCGGCCAAUUUGUUUGACA